UCAAUGCGGAAUAAAACUGAAUUAAAUUCCAUCAAAGGUUCAAAGGACUGAUUGGCCGUUUUUUAGAAUAAAAUUAUUUUAUUUAUUUAACAUGGAUGAAGAGGGAGAAAGUAUAUUACUUGAAGAAAAUUAUUAUCAAUUGCUAAAUGUGUCUAAGACGGCUACACCAGAGGAGAUAAACAGUGCAUACAGGAGAUUCUCUCGCAUGUUUCAUCCUGACAAACAUAGUACAGACCCGAACAAACAGAAAUGGGCUGAGCAGAUCUUCAAUAAAGUCAAAGAGGCGUAUGAAGUAUUGUCCGAUUCGCACAAGAGAGCUAUAUAUGAUACUCUAGGAAAGAGGGGUUUGGAAGUUGAUGGCUGGGAAGUCAUAUUUCGAACUCGCACUCCUAGGGAAAUUAGAGAAGAAUAUGAAAGGUUAAAGCGCGAACGGGAGGAGAGAAGGUUGCAGCAGAGCGCCAACCCUCGUGGCACAAUCACCCUUUCCAUCAAUGCCACUGAAAUGUUCAUGAAAUACUAUGAUGAGUAUGAAAUAGUUGAAGAUGCACAAAUAUUACCUUCUAUAGAAGUGUCAGGGAUGACAAUACAGCAAUCCAUCGAUGCCCCAGUAACUCUGAGGAACACAAUGACAUUGUCAGGCAACAUAUCAACACAGAACGGAAUAGGCACAGGUUCAGUGAAUGUAUGCAAUCGUCACCUUAGUUCAGAAAAGGGCUGGACCGAGGUUGAGUUUGGUAUUGGCAAUGGACCACUUCUGGGUUUCAAAAUAUUUAGAACACUGUCUCGGCUGAUGUUUUUGAACUGUGGCACUAUGCUUCACUUCACACCUCGGGGCAUUUCGCCCAGUCUAAUUUCAACUAUGGCACUGCAAUUAGACGCCCAUUCUGUGGGCUAUCUGACGUACCGGGCCGGUGGACAAGGCGGUUCAUCGAUGACUAGCAUCUACGUACGUGACUCGGAGAAGUACCACUCGAAUACGGCCAUUCAGAUUGGGAACCCUCAUUCCUUCAUCUCCUUCAACUUGAUGAGGAAGUUGCCACAGCAUGAUAUGAAGCUCCGACUAGCUUUGAAAUUCGGUACAUUUGGUGCUAUAGCAGAAUACGGGGCUGAGAAGAAAGUGUCACAAAACAGCAGCGUUUCAGCUGCAGUCAUGUUGGGCGUGCCCAGCGGUGUUAUGCUCAAACUCAAGUGGACCUGUUCCUCUCAAACCAUAGUGGUUCCUAUCCACCUCUGCGAGGAAGUGAUGCCGUCGCCAGUGUUCUACGCGACGGUCGUGCCUAUGGUGUCCUGGCUGGUUCUGAAGAAACUCAUCUUGGACCCCAUAGCCAGGGAGAGGCAGGAACGGGAGCGGCAAAGGUCCAUGGAAGCCAAUUAUGAAAGAUUACAAGAAAUGCAGCGACAAGCGCGGGCGACAGUGGAACUCAUGAGAGAGACCUACUCCAGGAUCAGAAGCGACGAGGAGAAGAAGAAGGGACUAGUUAUCCUAAAGGCUGUGUACGGGAAACUGCCACAAGGUGCGUCUGCGCACGAAGUAGCAGAGCAGACGGGCGACGGCGUGGCCCAGUCGUCGCAGUACAGUGAGGUCAUCGACGUCACAAUACCCAUACAGUGCCUGGUGAGGGACUCGCGGUUAGAAUUGCUCGAGGCUAGCAAGUCGGAACUGGCUGGCUUUUACGACCCGUGCGUGGGUGACGACAAACACUUGACCAUCCAGUACAUGUUUCACAACAACCUGCAUUGUUGCACCGUCGCCGACGUGCAAGCGGUCGUCCUUCCCCGCAAUAACCAUCGGAUAAAGAAUAGAUCCUGAAAAUUAAAGUCCAGGCGCAAGUGAUGAAUUCUGCGCGGGAUUAAGUCGAUAGUAGAUAUUGUUGAUAGUCCUACAGGAAUCCAGGAAACUAUUGUUGCAAGGCAGCUAACAUUCCAAUUUUAGAUUCUUCAUUGGCCAUUAUUCGGAGGCAUGCCAAAAGACCCUCCAAUGGGAUUCGCUAGAUUUAUCAUAAUGCUAUGUACGAGUACAAACUUCACAUUUACAAUUUGUGGGACGCCUUAGGAGAACUUACAAAAUAUGUACCAUUGCUUGCUUUAUGUACCUUUUACGGUAUUAGAGAAAAUUGUAACCAUGCAAAGUUGGAUGGAGUUAAAUAUGAUGCAGAUUCAAGACCAUUUCACAUUUUUACCUGAUGAUAUUGGGUAAAAAUGUGAAACCUGAUUGUUGAAACUCCUUUUAAGCAAAUAUGCAUGGACAAUAACCGCAUUUUGAUCGAUCGUACAAUGUCAUCAAAACAGCGUUUCCAUGCUCAUACAUACUAUAUUAGAAUAUAAAUUUUACUAAAUUAGAAUGAACAUCAAUGUAAAUAUUAAAAUAUUUGUUGCAAAUGUAGUUCCUUUGCUGAGCAAUACUAGGAGGAUACUAUAGGUUAAAGAGAUUUUGAAAAUAUUGAUUGCAGAUUAUAAUUAAAGGGCGUGUUUUCAGUUAGUGAGAAAUGCAGCGAAACUCGUUAUAUAUGUAAGGACUGUAUGUGAAGAGAAAAAAGAAUGUUUUUAACUAACUGCGUAUUUUUGCCAUUGCAAUACUAAAUACAAUGGUCUGGAUUGGUUGAUAAACACAAAGUGUUGCCAGCCAAGAGGAUACAGCGACCUCUAUUUUCUACUCUUUAUAUAGUUAGACUAGCUACGACCUACGACAUUUGUUCCUUACUGAAUAUGCGCCAUAUACUUUCGUUAUAAUAUAGAAUUAUGUAAUGAAUGAUGGACUGAUUGCAAUAGUAUGAUACAGAUAUACCAAAAAACAUAAUGUAUUUUUUUAACAUGGAAUAGAUGAAGUUUAUCGUUACAAUAAUAUUCUGGAUUUACGUGAGACACGAGUAGUUUAAUUUAAUUGUUGGAAAAAGUUAAUAUUAAUGCUUUGUUGAUAUUAUAUUUCUUGUUUACCACUUGAGAACUCUUUUCAGCAAGCCUUUUAAUAUUGUUUUUUUAUUUCUAUAAUGUUGUACAAUGGCGUUUUGUUAGUGACUUGGGUUAGACUAUAUAGCACUUUUGCGACUAGGUCGUGCAGGGCGAGACGCGACGCUUUCUCAACUCCAGAGUUAAAGUUGGCUCAGUUGAUGAUAAAGUAAAAAAAUAAUAAUUUGAAAUUGACAUUUUACUAUGUCUUCUUUGAUCGAAAGUUGGUCAUUCACGUUUUAACAACUGAACUUAUUUUCUAAAGUCCUUACUGAGCUCGAAUAGCUUCACCUGUUUUUUUAUACAUGUGUAUUCUAUUUAAACUAUGUCACCUAAGCUAUGUACCCUAGAAAAACUGGAUUGGCUAUCCGACCUUAGUUUAACUUGCUCUGGACAUUCUAAAAUAUAUAUGUAAAAUAAUAACUCUUAAAGGUAGUUUUGCACUGGUCACGUUCCAGGAUAAAGGCACAGGUAUAUAUUAGGCUAGAUGUCUCAUUCCUUCUAUUGUAACUGCAGGUUUUGUAAUACCUACGUAGAAUUAAAAUGCCACCAAAGUGAAAUUGAUAUCACACUAAUAUAAAGGGGCUAAAUUCCACAUAAAGUGGAAAAUAGGAUCUCUCGGCAUGCGGUAUCUAACGUAAUAUAAAUCUAUGGAUAUCGUAUUUAAGACAUGAUCAAUUUAUCUGUUUAUCACCAUCGCUCGAGCCGGCCAAGUCGCCACAGAGUGCUAAGUUGCAAUUGUAGUAAACUGCCCCCCGCAAAUGUGUAUAUUUGACGAGUUCUUUUCCCUGAAAUAUGAUAUUGUUGUGCGUUGUCUGACAGUGCUUUUAUUGUAUUUAUGCUGGUAGUUAUUAUAACGUCGACGAAAUAAAAAAAAUAUGACUGUUA